AUGAGGAGGCAUGAGAGAGUGCAUGCAAACUCAACACAAAUAGAACAGGUCCAGCAGCCGGUUGCACUACCCAAACUCUCAAAACACAAACCCUUUAAGUGUCCUGUUUGCGACAAAGGCUUUUCUAGAAAAGACAAUCUACGGCGUCACAUAAGGUUGAAGCAUCCAGACCCCCCUACCGACCCAGAGCCCCCUCAAGAACCUCCAGCCGACCCAGAGCCCCCUCAAGAACCUCCAGUCGACCAAGAGCCACCCCACGAACCUCCAGCCGACCCAGAGCCACCCCAAGAACCUCCAGCCGACCCAGAGCCACCCCAUGAAGAACCUCCAGCCGACCCAGAACUACCCCAAGACCCUCCAGCCGACCCAGAGCCCCCUCAAGAACCUCCAGCCGACACAGAGCCGCCAAAAGACCCACUGCGAGAAGAUCCGCUCGAGUUUCCAGUUCUGCUUCAGGAGAAAGUCUCGGAGUUGAUGACAAGAGAGGCGUUUUGUGUCUCUGAUGAGCAGAAUGACCAACUAAAGUCAACCUUUGCUGAGUGUGAACAAGGUCUCGGAAACACCAUUGAGAAGGGGUCAGCAGCUGAUUUGUUGUGGGAACAACAAAAAGAAGCCAUUGCGAAGGGCAAGCAGAUGCGCUGGCACCCAGCAAUCAUACGUUGGUGCAUUGCCCUUCAAAGUAAAUCUUCAACUUCUUAUAAUCUUCUUCGGCAGAGUGGGUUUUUGAAGUUGCCUCAUCCAAGCACACUGCAUCCAUAUACCCACUUUGCCGAUCCAACAACCGAGUUUAAUGCAGCGAUGCUCAACAGGGUUGUGCAAGAUAUUUUGUCUUGCCCGGUUCAUGAGAGGAAUGUUUCAUUGCUGUUUGAUGAGAUGAAAGUCAAGGCGGGUCUGGCCUUUUCAGUGAGGUCGGGAAAGGUAAUUGGGUUUACCGAUGUGGGAAGUUUAGCAAAUGAGGUGGCCGAUUUUGAAAGGAAAUGUCGUGGGGAGUCGGAGCCGGCAGUGGCCAGUCAUGUGCUUGUCCUCAUGGUUCUAGGAAUUUUCAGUUCACUCCAUGCACCAGUUGGAUACUACCCGAGUACAGGUGUCAGCAGUGACCAACUGUAUCCAUGCAUGUGGGAGGCCAUUGUUUUCCUUGAGUUGGGGUUGGAUGACAGAAAUGGUGCACUGCUCAAGUCAAUCUUUGUAGCAGCAGGUCGUGGACGGCGCCCAAACAUACCAAAGUUAGAGCCAACACAUCAGCUACUUCUUCAACUGUACUCAUUAAAGGUCAACUAUCAAAUAUCAUGGAAAGAUGUUGUCAUCUGGAUGGGAAAGCUUUUCCCAAACUACCCCUCGGCUAAGUGUAGGCAUCUAAUCGAAUCAGUUGUAAAUCGUGUUCUUGCACUUCAAGCACCUGAUCGGCAAACCUUCUACUGCCAAGCUAUCAAUCUCAACUUAUUAGGUCCAAGAUGUGAUGCAGCUGACAUAACCCGCCUCUCCUUGGACAGUCCACCGAUGCAGCGUGAUGAUCUCUUGUCCCGAGGAAUUCUUCUAGAAUUGGCAAGCGCUUUUGGAAGUGAAGUAUUUUCAGCUGUGAACCAUUUAUAUUCCAAUAGGUACCAAGAACAGAUGAUAAGAACCGAACUUAAAAAAACUAGGUUGACGUACACAAAACUCAACAAAUCUAAGAGAAGAAGUAAUGCAGCCAAUGAAUUUCUUGACACGGUAAUAGAAGUGAAUGUAGUGCCUGUAUUGGAGGCAAGUAAUGUAGAUAAUGGUACAUGUCAAAGUAAUGUAAGUAAAAGUAGAGUAAGUAAUACUACCACCUCAAGUAGUAAAAUAAGUAAACUGGAAUGUACUUCCACUGAGAAAGAAAAAAAGGAUGGAAAAAAGAAAGAUGCAAUACUAAAAUCUCUAACAAAAGAAAAAGGAGACCUUCAGGAGAAAGUAGACAUUCUUACAGGUCUGUGUAAGGAAAAAUCAGAUACCAUUAAUGGGAUGGAAAAACUUGUGCAAGAUCUUGAGACAAAUCUGCAUUCCAAUAGCACGAAGAUCAAAGCUAUUGAAUUGGAAGUGCAGGGAUUGAAAAUUAAGUUGAAAGAAAAAACAGAUGUGUUGAAAACUUUGAAAUCAAGUGCCACGUAUCAAAGCCUGAGAAGAAAAAAACUGCGUCUUCAACAAAAAGAGAACACAAUCAGAAACAAAGAAUUACUUAUGAAAUCAGUGGAAGUUCAAAGGUUGAAGGGUAAGAUUAAAUGUUUGCAAAGGAAGAUGAGUGCUCAAACAAAAUUGGUUUUGUCAAUAAUUAACGGGAACAAAAAACUGCAAAAAGACUUGAAGGAUCUAAAGGUUGAAUAUGCAAGUUUAGACUUUCAACAUGCAAUGUUGGUCUCUGACCAAAUAGAGCUAAGAGGGGAGGGGCAGGGACGGCCAUUCAAAGAAAAUGUAGAAAAGUGUGUGAUGGAGCUGUGUUGCGAAUAUUAUAUUCCAACGACCAAGGUAGGGGGUGUUCUUGGAACAGUUUGUAAAUGGCUAUUCAACAAAGAAAAUAUUGAUAGUGUCCCGUCUGCUGCAACAGCAAAUAAUAUGGUUGACAGGGCACAAGUAUUAAGCAAGCUUCAAGUUGCAGAAUGUAUGCUUUCUUCAGAAAGGUGGGAUCUGCAUGGUGAUGGAACCUCAAGAGAUGGCAACAAAAUUAUCGGACAACAGGUAACCUUACAGACGGGACAGACAUUAUCAGGGGGGUUUUCAUCUGUUGCAGUAGAAGACGGCACUACACUUUUAGAUAAUGUCAUUGCCAUGAUGGAUGAGCUAAGUGACAUCAUAAGUGACAAUGACAAGGAUGAGGUCUUUAAACGUAUGGUGGGAAAUAUGUUUGCUGUAAUGUCGGACAGAUCUAGUGUAAACAAAUCACUCAAUAGCCAGCUUCAGUCCUACCCUGAAAGUCUUCUGGGCGAGGACUCGAUAGAUUUGCAUUUUUUGUUUUGCAAUGCCCACUUUCUUCUUGGGCUAUCAAACACAUGUGAAAGUGUUUUGAAAAUGUGUGAGAAGGAACUGGUUAAAGACAUGGGCCACGGUCUGGGCAGGGAUGCUAGUGCAAAGUUCAGCAGAUUUAACUCCUCAGGUGAGUCGUCUGGGGCUCGAUACAUCCGAACAGGUUGUGAUGUACUAGGACCAAGAGGGGAUCAGAAGAACGGUUGCUAA